AAAAUAAAACAUAAACAUUUUCCUACACCGUCAGAAAAUAAGUGUCCUUAAAAUUAUAUUAUUUUGUGGUGCUUGUAGCCAUUGCUUUUCAAUGAAGCUAUUAAAUCAAUAAUUUUUUUAAUGAUAAUAACCUUUAAUAUAGUGUCUUUUUGAGGACUUACAACUUCAUCAUUCUAUGGAAUCUUGAAUGUUUCAUUUUAUCUAAUUAAAUUAAUUAUACGAAUUGAACAUGAAUUUUAUUAAAACAAUAAAUUAAUUAAUUAUUGAACAAACGAAACAAUCUUAAAUGAAUGCUAUUGAUUUUGUUAAUUAGCGUUUUAAAAUAUUUUUUAAGGUUAUCAUAUUAAAAAAAAAUCUUUUUUCAAUGUAUUGAAACUAUCAUAAUAACUAUCAAUUAGUGCAUUUAAUACAAAAAUAUUAUUAUACAUAAAAUGUUAACUGAUCUUAAAAAGUUUUCAUAAACACUCAUUGGCAAAACGUUAUCAUAAUUUUUUCAUCAUUCUCAACAUAAUCUGUUGUUGAAUUUGAGCUGCUAGCUAUGCAUGAAGGUAGUUAGCUGAUGAUGUAAAAUGCCGAAAUGGGUUUGAAGGGCUUCACCUUCUAAAAUCUGCAAGUCCAAAUCAGCGAUCUUGGGACAAAACUUAGAAUCAAGCAGAACAUUUGCAGGUUCAAUUAAUAUCGUAAUGGAUUAUUCUUCUGUUGCUGAAAUGAUGCAAAUACUCAACCAAACUCCUAUCUCAGAUAACUUGUUCCACUCAAUUCUAUGUUUCGUCUCAAAACAAUAUAUGGCUUGUCAAGAGAUCCAUAAUUUCCCAUGGAUUCAUAAACUAGAGCUUUGGUCUUUACUUCAAAGCAGAAGCCGUGCACAAAAUCUUGGUAGAUGCCGGUGAUAUGUUCUUCCAAUAGUGUUGACUUCAGCAAAUUGUAAACAGCUCCAUAUAUACCAUCCCUCACCUAAUUUGCUAGAGUAAUUUGAUGUGAUAAUUUCAAGAAACUGAGAUGAAAAGCUGGCUGCAGGUUUUUCUUUGAGCAUGUAAGAACUCCAUGAAUAUUUCUACAGUCUGUUUCUCUAUUCCUUCUUCCUCAACUUUUGGCUCUGGUUGUUUGUUGUUAUAUGCCAACAACUCCCUCAAAAUUCCUGGUAGUAAGUAACUAAUUAACUCCAUGACCGUCUCUGUUUCUUUGUCUUGUUUUCCGUUUUAUUUGUGUCUUCUUUCCAUUCUUGAUUUGGCUAUAUAUGAUGGCAGGACAUUUUAAUGUAUAUUUUAAAGAUUUUACACCUAGAAUACUUCAAAAAAAAAAAAAUUGAAACCCUACUGGUUAAUGGAAAAAAAUUUCUUCUCUUUACUAAUUGAUACAAUCAAUUGCAUAGGAAAAACAAGAAAAGAAAAUGUUUUUUUUGUUUUGAUGUUAGUUGAUGCAAUCUUAUUUUAUUUAAAUUUAAGGUCACUUCCCUACUUUUUAUCGUCUCCCAUGUCCUUUCCAUACUCCAUUUUAUAUAUUUUCCUUGGUUGCAGUUCGGUUGUCUCUUUCUCUAGCUUUUGGAAAAAAAAAUAAAAUCUUUAAGUUUUGCCUUUGAAUUUGGAGCCGGCUUUUGUCAAACUAGUUAUGAUGGACGGCCUCUAAAAGUCUAUUAUAAUAUAUAUCAGGAGCUAGUUUCAUGAUACAAGAAAAAGAAAAGCAAUCAAAACCAAUUAAAGAAAAGGAGCUUGGUGUAGAAGAGAGGUUGAACAAUGUCCAUAAGCAUGAUCAAGGCAAUUGGGUGCCUUGCACGUUAUAUUCACUGGCCUAUCCCAAUUGUCUUUUUAUUCUUAUAGUUUGAAAUUCCUUUCCUGUCUGUCUUUGCACAAAACAGAAUAUGCUAUAGCUUUAUUCUUCGUGUAAGUUUCUUUCUCUUUUAUUACAUAUAUACAUCAUCACAUCCGGUACUCUACACCUUUGGAAAGAUAUAUCGUAUGGGGAAUUGUCUUACACUCCCUUCUCUAAGAAAACAGAAGGCUUUGCCUAUUGAAACCGUCUUUAGGCUUCCCUCUCCUUUACCAUCAUGGCCGCCAGGUGACGGGUUUGCAAGUGGAACUAUUGAUCUCGGUGGAAUACAGGUGUGCCAGAUAUCAUCAUUUAGUAAAGUAUGGGCCACACGCGAAGGAGGGCCGGAUAAUCUUGGGGCUACAUUUUUUGAACUAUCGUCAACACCUGAUGGAUACUACAUGCUAGGCAGCUAUGCCCAGCCCAACAACAGAAUCCUUUCAGGAUGGGUUCUUGCAGCAAAAGAUGACACGAACGGGUCCUUGUUAAAACAUCCAAUCGAUUACAGUCUUGUUUGGAGCAGUGAGUCUUUGAAAAUCAAGCAAGAUGGAAUUGGCUACAUUUGGUUGCCCAUAGCCCCGGAAGGAUACCAGGCUGUAGGCCAUGUGGUCACCAACACCCAAGACAAGCCUUCCCUGGAGAAAAUACAUUGCGUUCGAUCUGAUUUUACUGAUCAAACCGAGAAUUACACGUGGAUAUGGGGACCUAGUAAGCAAUUGAAUUCAACAGAAUUCAACGUUUUCGGUUCAAGGCCAAUCAAUAGAGGGUCUCAAGAUAUGUGUGUUUGCGUGGGCACAUUUGCAGCCGAAAAUCCAACCUCUGGCUCUACAAAUCCUUUACCUUGUUUGAAAAAUGUCAAAUCUAAUAUGUCUUGUAUGCCUAAUCUACCCCAAAUUCAGACAUUGUUUCAAGCAUACUCUCCUUGGAUCUAUUUCCACCCUGAAGAAACUUACCUCCCAUCAUCAGUCAAUUGGUUUUUUGUCAAUGGAGCAUUGCUAUACACAAAAGGAGAAGAGUCCAAACCAGUUCCAAUAGAACCAACGGGUUCAAACCUCCCACAAGGCGGUUCAAACGAUGGUAACUAUUGGUUGGAUCUCCCCAUAGACGAAGCAAACAAGGAAAGGGUAAUGAAAGGAGAUUUGCAAAGCUCCCAAGUUUAUUUGCAUGUAAAACCUAUGUUGGGCGCAACCUAUUCGGACAUAGCGAUAUGGGUGUUUUACCCCUUCAAUGGACCGGCAAAGGCUAAAGUACAACUCAUCAAUAUUCCAUUAGGAAAGAUAGGUGAACAUGUUGGCGAUUGGGAGCAUGUGACUUUGAGGGUCAGCAACUUUAAUGGAGAAUUACAUAGUAUGUACUUUUCAGAACAUAGUGGAGGUUCAUGGGUGAAUGCGUCAGAGCUUGAAUUUCAAGGUGGGAAUAAGCCUUGUAGCUAUUCAUCCUUGAAUGGCCAUGCCAUGUAUUCAAAACCUGGACUAGUUUUGCAAGGAAAUGGAGGGAUAGGAAUUAGAAAUGACACUGCCAAGAGUAAGAUUCUCAUGGAUACUGGCCUUCAAUUUUCACUAGUUGCAGCUGAGUAUUUGGGUUCUACCAUUGUUGAGCCGCCAUGGCUAAACUAUUUCAGGGAAUGGGGUCCGAAGAUUAGUUAUGACUUGGCAGAUGAGAUCAAGAAGGUGGAAAAAUUAUUGCCUGGAAAGCUUAAAUCUGCUUUUGAGAAAUUUGUGAAUAGCCUACCAAACGAAGUGUCAGGACAAGAAGGGCCAACAGGUCCUAAGAUGAAAAGGAACUGGUCUGGGGACGAGGUUUAAAAUAUUGCUCAGAAUUUAUGGCAUCAUUAUUAUGAAAUGUAUGCAAAAAAUCAUGCUUCUUUUAUACAAAACUUAUCAAUUAAUUUAAUUGGAACACAUUGGUAAAGGAUUUCUCUCUGGUGUUUUCUUUUAUCAAUAAUAAUGAGCUGAUACGCACCUAGAUACAAA